CUUUUUCCGGAAAUAAAAGAUCAUUUUGGUUCAUCGAAAACUUCUAAAACAAAAGAAAAAACCCCAAUUCACCAUUCCCAUUCUUUCUUCUUAUGGUGAAAGAAUGGACUUGAUGAUCUGGGUCUGAGCGAAAAGGUCAUAAAUUUGAUUGCUUUUUCUUUCUGGGUUUUGUUGGUUUUGGUUCAAUUAGCUGAAUCCAGGAGGAAAAAGUAAAGACGAAGAGAGAAAUUAUGGGUGAUGAUUAUUACAACAUAUUGAAGGUGGACAAGAGUGCAUCAGAGGAUGAUCUGAAGAAAUCUUAUAGAAAAUUGGCUAUGAAAUGGCACCCUGACAAGAACCCCAACAACAAGAAGGAAGCUGAAGCCAAAUUCAAACAGAUCUCUGAAGCUUAUGAUGUGCUAAGCGACCCACAAAAGAGGGCGAUAUACGACCAAUAUGGAGAAGAAGGGCUGAAUGACAUCCCACCAACCGGAUAUGGAAAUGGUUCGAAUGGGCCAAAUUCGAGGAAUGCAGAAGACAUAUUUGCAGAGUUCUUCGGGAGCAGCCCGUUCGGGUUUGGUGGAGGAGCAACAGGUGGUGUUGGAAGAUCAUCGUCCAGAUUCCAGUCUGAAAGUGGUGCAACAGCAGGAAAUGGGAUGUUUGACAGCAAUAACAUGUUCAGAAGCGAAGGAACGACGACUACCAGUACUGCACCUAAGAAGCCUCCUCCUGUAGAAAGCAAAUUGCCAUGCACUCUAGAGGAGCUCUACUCUGGGUCAACUAGGAAAAUGAAGAUCUCCAGAACUGUAGUUGACUCCCAUGGGAGGCAAGCGCAAGAAACAGAAAUACUUACGAUAGAUGUGAAACCAGGUUGGAAGAAAGGAACGAAGAUAACAUUUCCAGACAAAGGGAACGAGCAGCCCAACCAGCUGCCAGCAGAUUUGGUUUUUGUGAUUGACGAGAAACCUCACGACGUGUACAAGAGGGAUGGGAAUGAGCUAAUGAUCAACCGCCGGGUCACCCUAGCAGAGGCACUAGGAGGGACCACGGCCAGCAUCGACACAUUGGAUGGUCGGACCCUGUCAGUUCCAGUUACCGACAUUAUAAGUCCUGGGUACGAGCUUGUCGUGCCCAGGGAAGGGAUGCCCAUAGCUAAAGAGCCUGGUAAUAGGGGAGAUUUGAGGAUCAAGUUUGAGGUCAAGUUCCCAACCAAGUUGACCACGGAACAGAGGGCAGGGCUAAAGCGUGCUUUAGGGGGUUGAAGCCCACACAAGAUGGGAGAUUAUAUAUUGUUGUGACUUGUCAAAAUGGUGUAAUGUAAUGUAUCAUCGAUCUAUGCAUGGUUUUUAGGGUUUGUAUGUGUUCGAUAAUCUUGGCUAGUUGAAGAUGUCUAUUUAACACAGCUAAAAAUGGCCAAAUGUUAGGCUCAUACACUCACUCCAAAGUUGUUCAUAUUUCACUUGCCGGAUUAAACAUGCAUGUGAUAUGAUUUUAAUCUUCAUUUUCCCUUACUUUUGAGUCUGAUGCCCAUUUAGUCCACCCUUCUCCGGACUGGUUCUCCUAGUCAUUUGUUUGAGGAUGAGAGAAUGUAACUUUUCAGACAACUCCAAUAAAAUGC